GACACACACACAUCCGGAUAUUACCCAGCAGCCACCGGAAAGCCUAGCAUCACAACAACAACAGCAGCAGCUAGCCGUUAGCCGUUAGCUCGGGAGGGAAACGCGAAGUUUGUUUUUUCUUCUGGUUUGGUGACAGACUAACAGGUACGCUGGAAUUUUCUGAUACCCACUCGGACAUGUCCUAUGUCUUCAUCAACGACUCGUCGCAGACCAACGUGCCUCUGCUGCAGGCCUGCAUCGACGGAGACCUGCCGUUCGCCAAGAGGCUCCUGGAGACGGGAUGCGACCCAAACAUCCGCGACAACCGGGGCCGCACCGGCCUGCACCUAGCCGCCGCCAGAGGGAAUGUGGACAUAUGCCGCCUCCUGCACAAGUUUGGAGCCGAUCUGUUGGCGACGGAUUAUCAAGGAAACACGGCGCUGCACCUGUGCGGUCACGUGGACACGAUACAGUUCCUGGUGUCCAACGGGCUGAAGAUCGACAUCUGUAACCACAACGGAUCGACCCCUCUGGUGCUGGCCAAGAGACGCGGCGUCAACAAGGACGCCAUUCGUCUGCUGGAAGGACUGGAGGAGCAGGAGGUGAAAGGCUUCAACAGAGGACCGCACUCCAAACUGGAGACCAUGCAGAUGGCCGACAGUGAGAGUGCGAUGGAGAGCCACUCUUUACUCAACCCCAACCUGCAGAGCAGCGAGGGCGUCCUGUCCAGCUUCAGGACCACCUGGCAGGAGUUUGUGGAGGAUCUGGGCUUCUGGAGGGUCCUGCUGCUGCUGGUGGUCAUCGCCCUCCUCUCUCUCGGCAUUGCCUACUACGUCAGCGGGGUUCUUCCAUUCUCCACCAGCCAGCUGGAGCUGGUGCACUGAGCUGGGCGGGCGGGGGCAGUAAAAAACGAAGCAUGUGGGGGUAGUUAAAAAAUAAACAAGUGGCGUUCUGCUUUCAGUGUUUAUACCAAAACGAGAAUGCAGAUUUUUGUUUCUUUGCAGCCCGGAUCUCGUCUUUUUCUCGGUUGUCUAGAGCAGAAACCUCAUGUUGUAUCGUGUUAGUCGAACAAAAGAACAAAAGUCACUUUCUUAAUUAGAAAAACACAACUUGCAAGCUUGAGUUGAUUAACAGCCGGACCCCGACAGUGUCUUGUUUGAAUCUUGUGUAACAUAACCUUUUAAAAUGAGCUGCUUUGACUGAAAUGACUGAAAAUAUAGACUCUGACAUUUCCUUGUUUCCUUCAUCCUGUACGCUCUGUUACAAGCUGUAUAUUGCCAUUGUUUUUGUAUCAUUUAUUUUCUUAUUUAUCAAAUAUCUUCUCUUAAUUUUCCUGUUUUUGUUUAAACCCCUCGCUGUCUUUUAAUCUCUUUUUACGCCAACUGGAAGCGCUUUAGUCGUGAACGUGAAGUCGAGUGUCGUCUGCGUAGAAACGCACCUCGACCACUUGAGAGAAAGCUUCGCGCUUCACAAGACAUUCCCGCCAGAAGCAUGCGGCUUUGUUGCAUUGAAACAAAAAUAGAAAGAGCCUGUUGUUGUUGUAAACAUGCACAAGUAGGCACAACACUCCUAAAGUGUAGAAUUAUGGCAGCAGAUUAACGGUUAUGACUUGUUUUGUAUUCAUUUUAUCUCGAUGUCCUUGUAAACCAUGUAGAUUUUAUUUGUUGUUUUUUUUUUGUUUUUUCCACCGUUGAUUUUCAGUGUACAAUAACGCAUAUGAAGUAAAUCCUAAUUUAAUGUGGAAAAUGAAUAAAAAAAUCAUGUGUAUGUAUGAUUAUAAUCAA